AUGUCUUCUCUUCCUCCGGUUUACAUUGUAUCGACUGCCCGAACCCCUGUGGGUUCCUUCCUGGGCUCUCUUUCGAGCCUGACUGCCCCGCAGCUUGGCUCCCACGCGAUCAAAUCUGCUCUCAGCAGAGUUGAAGGAGUCAAGCCGUCCGAUGUCCAGGAAGUAUUCUUCGGCAACGUUCUUUCCGCAAAUGUCGGUCAGAACCCUGCUAGACAAUGCGCUCUCGGUGCGGGCCUUGAAGAAUCCACCGUGUGCACCACCGUCAACAAGGUGUGCGCAUCUGGCCUGAAAGCCGUCAUCCUUGGAGCCCAGAGUAUCAUGACCGGAAACGCCGACGUCGUCGUGGCUGGUGGUGCCGAAUCCAUGUCGAACGCUCCCCACUAUCUUCCAAAUCUCCGAUCCGGUGCGAAAUAUGGCCACCAAAGCUUGGUGGAUGGCAUCAUGAAGGACGGCUUGACGGAUGCAGGCAAGCAGGAACUCAUGGGUUUGCAAGCCGAGGAAUGUGCCCAGGACCAUAGUUUCACCAGGGAACAGCAGGACAACUAUGCCAUCCGGACAUAUGAGAAGGCCCAAGCCGCGCAGAAGGCCGGUUUGUUCAAUGACGAAAUCGCACCGGUCGACCUUCCUGGGUUCAGGGGCAAGCCCGGCGUGACUGUGGCGCAAGACGAGGAACCGAAGAACCUCAACCCUGACAAGCUCCGCGGUAUCAAACCGGCGUUCAUUCCUGGAUCCGGAACGGUCACCGCGCCCAACUCGUCUCCACUCAACGAUGGUGCUGCAGCUGUGGUGCUAGUCUCGGAAGCCAAAUUGAAGGAGCUCAACUUGAAGCCCGUCGCAAAAAUCCUUGGGUGGGGAGACGCUGCUCAGCAGCCCAGCAAAUUCACGACUGCUCCGGCACUUGCUAUUCCUAAGGCUCUCAAACAUGCUGGUGUCAACCAGGAUGCUGUGGAUGCCUUUGAGAUCAAUGAGGCGUUCAGUGUCGUCGCUCUUGCCAACAUGAAGCUGCUCAACAUCCCGGAAGAAAAGGUGAACAUCCAUGGCGGAGCCGUUGCCAUCGGUCACCCUAUUGGGGCUAGCGGUGCUCGCAUUUUGACUACGCUGCUUGGUGUUCUGAAGGCGAAGAGCGGCAAGGUUGGCUGUGUCGGCAUUUGUAAUGGCGGAGGAGGUGCUAGUGCCAUGGUGGUUGAGUCUCUCGCAUGAUUAGCAGGCUAUUGUGUUUCUAGUUCGAGUAGUCGAUGACUGAAGGUCAGACUUUGCAGCAUGUGCCCCAAGGCAUUCGCUGGUAAUGCCUAUAUGAGUGGGUACUCUUGUACGAACUUCUAUCUAGUCACUUACCCACCCGUAGAUGAGAUGCUAGUUCCAAAUUCAACAGCUCUCACGAAAUCAACGGCUGAUCCCAGGUCCUGUAGAGAAUAUCGUCUACGCUACCAAAGCCAACCUGGGUUUUCCCACGAUAUGC